CGGGCUUGAGCUGAGGUGACUCCAGAGGGGCCGGGCCGGACCGAGGGGCGCUUUUGCGCUGCGGAGCGACUGAGGGAACAGGAUCUGGUCCCCGAAGAGGCCAGCGUGAGAGGCAGCAGUGUUUUUGGUUGAGCGUGGAAAAGGAGUUGCCUUCUCUGAGAGCCUGCCUGGAGACAGGUGUAAGGCUUGAAGCUUGGUCAUCCAGGAAGCUGGACAAUGGCAGCCGAAGAGCCAGCAGUGACCACUCCCCUCAGCCCUUUGGUUCAGGUACCUCAAGAAGAGGAAGAUGAGCAGGCAGAGGUCACCACCAUGAUUCUGGAGGAUGAUUCCUGGGUGCAGGAAGCCGUGCUGCAGGAGGAUGGCCCUGAGUCUGAGCCCUUUCCCCAGAGUGCUGGAAAGGGCAGCCCUCCGGAGGAGGGUGCAUCCGGAGGACCUCAGGGUGCGCUUGUCCGAUUUCGGGAGCUCUGUCGGCGCUGGCUGAGGCCAGAGGUACACACUAAGGAGCAGAUGCUAACCGUGCUGCCAAGGGAAAUUCAGGCCUGGCUGCAGGAGCAUCGGCCUGAGAGCAGCGAGGAGGCUGUGGCCCUGGUGGAAGACUUGACCCAGACUUUUCGGAACAGGGACUUUGAGAUACAGAGUGAGAACGGAGAAAACUCAAGUCAAGACAUGUUUGAGGAUGUGGAAUCACAGGGGAUGUUCUUGAAAAUACCCAGAGGGGAAGGUGGUCAGCAAUCCGAUGGGGAGAGCGAUUUUGAGAGGGACUAUGGUUCUGGGGGCGCCCAGGGAAAUGCCCCCAGCGAGGACCACAGGGACGUACCUUCCCGAGGAAGGGAAGUUGGCCAGCUCAUAGGCCUCCAGGGCACCUACCUGGGUGAGAAGCCUUAUGAAUGCCCUCAGUGCGGGAAAACUUUCAGCCGGAAAUCCCACCUCAUCACCCACGAGCGGACCCACACAGGGGAGAAAUACUAUAAGUGUGAAGAAUGCGGGAAGAGCUUCAGCGAUGGUUCAAACUUCAGCAGGCACCAAACUACACACACCGGAGAGAAGCCUUACAAAUGCAGGGACUGCGGGAAGAGCUUUAGCCGGAGUGCAAACCUGAUCACCCACCAGAGGAUCCACACGGGCGAGAAGCCUUUCCAGUGUGCCGAGUGUGGCAAGAGCUUCAGCCGGAGCCCCAACCUCAUCGCACACCAGCGCACGCACACGGGCGAAAAGCCGUACUCGUGCCCCGAGUGUGGGAAGAGCUUUGGCAACCGGUCCAGCCUUAAUACUCACCAGGGAAUCCACACCGGAGAGAAACCCUAUGCGUGUAAGGAAUGCGGUGAAAGCUUCAGUUACAACUCCAACCUGAUCCGACACCAGAGAAUCCACACCGGAGAGAAACCGUACAAAUGCACCGACUGCGGCCAGAGGUUCAGCCAGAGCUCCGCGCUCAUCACCCACCGGAGAACGCACACAGGAGAAAAACCCUAUCGGUGCAGCGAGUGCGGCAAAAGCUUCAGCCGCAGCUCCAACCUGGCCACGCACCGGCGAACGCACAUGGUGGAAAAGCCCUACAAGUGUGGGGUGUGUGCGAAGAGCUUCAGCCAGAGCUCCAGCCUGAUCGCGCACCAGGGCGUGCACACGGGCGAGAAGCCCUAUGAGUGCCUUACGUGCGGGGAGAGCUUCAGCUGGAGUUCCAACCUCAUCAAGCACCAGCGCAUCCACACCGGGGAGAAGCCCUACAAAUGCGGCGACUGCGGGAAGGGCUUCAGCCAGCGCUCGCAGCUGGUGGUGCACCAGCGGACGCACACGGGUGAGAAGCCCUAUACGUGCCCCAUGUGCGGCAAGCGCUUCAGCCGGGGCUCCAUUCUGGUGAUGCACCAAAGAGCCCACUUGGGAGAUAAGCCGUACAGGUGUCCUGAGUGCGGGAAAGGCUUCAGCUGGAAUUCCGUGCUCAUUAUACACCAGCGAAUUCACACCGGAGAGAAGCCCUACAAAUGCCCCGACUGUGGCAAGGGCUUCAGCAAUAGCUCCAACUUCAUUACACACCAGAGGACUCACCUGAAAGAGAAAAUUUACUGAAGUGCAGGAAAGUGGAGGAUGCUGGAGCUGACUCUGAGCUUUCCCCAGUGCCCUCAAUGUUGUCCCUUUUAAAAGCCGUUUUUCCUAAAUGCCCGGUGGGAGUUCUUGCCAGAACCUUACCGUUUGUCCUCAUUUCUAGGUAUUUGUUAUGUUAGAGUCCUGUGCAGUUCCAGAAUGGAGUAUGGGAGCGGAAGGUUGUAGGUGGGGUCUUUAUAUUUCAUGAUUUGAUUGCCCCCCUUUACUUUCCUCUGUGCUUCUGUUCCCUUGAAAUGGGGAGCUAGUUCUCCAUAUGGGAUGACAGUUUGUCUGCAUCCAAGCUGAGCCCUGCAGGAAAUACUGGACCCUAUUGUGUGCUUCUGAUUGUUGGCUAUCACCUUGUCCUUGUAGGUGCCUUUACCCUAAGCUGCCAGCAUUGCAGGCUCCCCUCCCCUUGUCAGGCUCCCCUCCUACUGGCUUUGUGUCAGGUCAGGACGAUGGCUGUCCAAUUCAGAAUCAUCUGUGUACGGGCAUAGUUUCAGAAAGUGUCCAGAACACAGUUUGGGCAAGUAUGGCCUGGAACUGAUGUCCCAGCGGGUAAGAGGGACAGUGACUGCCAGGAAAUGUGUCCACUUAGAUUCGUGUGCCUGCUUUUGUGUCUGCACAGUCCUAUGUCAAAUUGGCUGUGGGCGCACACUCAGACACUUAGAGUUUGUGUUUGGAGCUUGACACCUGACCUCCGGCUGUGUGCUGUGACCCACAUAAGCAUCUCUGAGUCACUCUGUGUACUUGUGUACUUGUCUGCUCCCUGGCCAUAGUUUACAUACACAUACACAGUUUUUAGAGACAGGGUCCCAUUUAGCUCAGGCUGACCUUGAAAUUAUGAUGUAUUUGAGGAUGACCUUGAUCCUCCUGCUGCCACCUCCUGAGUGCUGGAAUUACCAGUGUGUGCCUCCGCGUUCAGUUUAUGCAUACCAGACCAUCACUACUGAGUUACAGCUCAGCCCCUUACAGCUUUCAUUUUGUGUGUGUGUGUGUAAGUGUAUGUUGAUGUGUGUGCAGGUCCUUGUGGAGACCAGUGGCUUAGCCUCCAGUGUCAUCCCUAAGAAGCUGUCCACCUUGUUUUUUUUAAGACAGUUUCUCACUAGGAUCUGGGACACUGCUUAGGCUAAGCUCCUGGCAGGACAGCCCCAGGAACUGCCUCCCAGUGCCAGGGUUACGGGCGUGUGCACCACACAUGGCUUUCAGCAUGUGUGCCGGGAUUGAACUGUGGUCCUCAUGCUUUCACAACAUGUGAAAGCUUUACCACCUGAGCAGUCUCUCCUGCUCCAGCAUACUUCUGGCUUCAUGUAUGUGGACUAGAAUACGGCCCUGCAGGCUUUGUGUACCAAGGGCAUUCUUUUUAAGGAACUGUGUGUUUUGAGGGUAUCAGAAAUAUGGUGGAGGCAACAAGAUGUCUCAGUGGUUAAGAUCUCCUGCUGCUCUUCCAGAGGACCCUGGUUCAAUUCCAGCACCUGCCCAGUGACCCACAACCACGUGACACUCCAGUUCUGGGGGAUCUGAUGCCAUCUUCUGAUUCCCCAUGGGCAUUAUAUGUACACGGUGCACAUACAUACGUGCAGGCAAACAUCCAUACACAUAAAAAUAAGUCCUUCAAAAAGAGAGAACCCCUGGUGAAGAUUGAUUAUGAAUCAGGAGUUUGCCCUGCAAUUCACAGUUAGUUCACACUUAAAGCUGCUACCACAGGGCUUUAUUCUUAGGAUCCCAACCUGUGAAAAGUGAGGACAGGGGUGUUAACUGGAGAAGGGAGUUGUGAUGAGGAAACAGAGACUGGGUACAGCAUUUCUGAGAGAUGUGAAGCCAGCACCUCUUACAUAAGAGGCAUCAAGGACAUUUUUUAAAAGAUGGAUGUUGAUCCAGGCGGUAAUGGUGCGGCACUCAGGAGGCAGAGGCAGGCACAUCUCUGUGAGUUCAACGCCAGCCUGGUCUACAAGAGCUAGUUCCAGGACAGGCUCGAAAGCUCCAGAGAAACCCUGUCUCAAAAAAAAAAAAAAAUGCAUGUUGCAUAUUGCCAAGUGGAGUCCCAUUCUUUCCCUGACUCUGCCUUUUUUUAUUCCUUUAAAUAGAGCUGAAUUAUCUAGUUCAGUCUGGCCUAGAAUUUGUAAGCCUCCUGCAGUGUCCUCUUGAGUGCUGGGAUUACUUGCCUGGAUUACUAUGCCCAGCUCUUGAGUCUUAUCUUUUAAUGUGUGUUAAAAGCUUGAACUUGACCAGGCAUAGUGGUGCACGCCUUUAGUACCAGCACUCAGGAGGCAGAGGCAGGCAGAUCUCUGAGUUCAAGA